CAGUUUCAGUCCCUACCGCAUGCGUGUUGCAUGCCGCUUGCAUUAAACAACGCAUGAAGUAAAUGUGGGAAAAGCGUUUCUUUUAAAAGUCAAAGCUAGCUGUUAAGACACGCAAUAAAUUGUAUGAAACAUUAUGGGCGGACAGGCUAAGAGCAAGAAGAAAAACAAACCCAAGAAGAAAGACAGCCGUCAAAACAGGGAUGGAGGAUUUGUUGAUUUGUCGCCUCAGGAAAGGAUGAGGGUGAGAAUGCAUGAGAAAGCCAAGAAGAAGACAGCUGAAAAGUACUCAGUACAGCAACUCCUAGAGAAGACCCAGGAAUACAUGGAUAGUUUUGACUUCGAGAUGGCCAGCCUUUUCUGUCAGAGAGCCCUGGAUGUGGACUCAAACAACCUGCAAGCUCUUGACCUGCUGGGCAACAUCUGCUCCGAAUUAGGAGACAUGGAGAAAGCUAAAUCAGUCUUUCUCCGCGCAAUUGAUCUGAGCCCAGAUGUUGGCCACAGUAAAUAUAUGUAUCUGGGACAAAUUCACACUGGCCUGGAGGCUGUAGACUACUACACAAGUGGAAUACAGGUCCUUCUCUCUGCACUUGGGAAGCAGGAUGCUAUGGCUCAGGACGGAGCCACCGGAACAACGGAGGAGAAGGACGAGGUCCCUUCAACAAAGGAUGUCAGCGUGGCCUACUGCUCCCUGGCCGAGAUCUACCUAACAGACCUCUGCAUGGAGGAGGGAGCUGCAGACAAGUGCAGAGAGUUCAUUGAAAAAGCUUUACAGUAUCACCAUGACAACCCAGAGGCUCACCAGCUUAUGGCCAGUUACCUGUUCAGCACAGAGAGAAACCAGGAAGGGAAGGAAUACCUGUUAAAAAGUGUUGGAAUGUGGCUACCUGCUUACAAACAAAGUGUAGCGUCCAGUGCUACAGAGGAAGAAGGGAAUGAGAUCCCUCCGUACGAGUCUCGCAUCACCACAGCCAAACUGCUUAUCGAGUCAGAGGAGUAUGAGAUGGCUGUGGAUGUAUUGGAAGGUCUCCUGGAGGAAGAUGAUGAAGUUGUUCAGGUUUGGUAUCUGUCUGGCUGGGUGUGCUACCUCCAGUGGGAAAAAGCAAAACAACAGCAAGAAACAGAAGGAAGAGAAGCCACCGAGGAUGAAACAGAAGAGUGGAAGGCUUUGCAGGAUGCUGCUAGGUCAUACCUGACUAAUGCCAAGAAGCUGUUCACUAAGCUGCAAUGUGAUGACCAGCCGAUGCUGGAGCAUGCGGAGCAGUUGCUGGGAGAACUGGGAGGAGAGAUGGAGGCAGAGGAUGAAGACCCAGCCGUUGUAGACGACUUUGAACCUUGCAGUGACGAUGAAGACGAUGACACAGCAGAGGAUGCCAUGGAGCACUGACUGCACCCCGUCAUCUUUCCUUGAGUUUUUGAGCCCUCUUCAAAGUGCCUAUUUAUACCAGCUUUUCAAAGAUUAAGUUGAUGUACACAAACAGAGUGGCAUUAAAAAUCUACUCCCAUCUCUUUCAGUUAAGUUGUUAAUGCUUUUGUCAAAAUAAGUGCAUACUUGAGUAAUGCUUCACCUAAUCUCGACAGAUGCCGAUGAAAGAAAUGAGUUUUUAGAGGUUUAAUUCUCACUAGGAUCCCCCGAAUGCUUUCACCUCUGCUGUACACCCACGCAGUGUUUUAUGUGAGCAGGACCGAACAACACAUACACACAACAAAAAACACAAAAGAAGCAUGUUAAUUGCUUUGUUUCACUCAGCACAACAAGCAUAACCGUUUUUUUCUUUAAGCAUUGUCAGUGCUGCCCAGUUAUUAACACUUCAUGCUAUUUUUACAUCUACUGUGAUUUUAAUGCAGUGUUUAUGUAAAUGAUUGAUUUUUUUAAAUGGAAUUCAGUUUAUGCUUCAGUCCAAUUUUCCUUCUCUUUUUUGGUUGGGUUCAGUAACAAAAGAAAACAGCGAAUUUGACAUUAACUCAUGCAGAGUUUGUCUUUUGCUGCUCAAUUGUUCAAAGUGACUUGCAUGAAAGAGAAACUUAAACAGAAUUUUCAAGACAAGUUUUUGUAUAACAUCUUCUAAAAGUUCCACAAUGUUUGGUGCGUAAAGGCCUAGCAUAAUAAUAGCAAGUGGUUAUUUUAAUACAAUGUAUGAAAUGUAUAGAUCAACGUUGCAUAAUAAAGGUGAUACAAAUGGAUUUUUGUGGCCAAAGGUGUCAAAGAAUGAAAGUAUUGACUGUUUACCAAUUACUCUAAAAUAAAUUAGUUCAAAAUGU